AUGGCGCAAGCAAUUCCAGAAAAAGACGAUUCACCUCACCAGGCUUCGCUCUCCCUGUCCUCGAUAACGGAGUGUCCCGUGUGUCUGGAUACCCUGAGGAAGCCUAGAUCUCUGCCUUGUCGCCAUACGUUUUGCCUGGGGUGUCUGGAGACCUACAUCGCUAAAGUAACAACGAAUACUGUGGCAGACGAUACACACGCCUCCCCACCCUCACUUCCCUGCCCUGUGUGUAGAACCCUGGUGUUGCCGCCUACUACUUCUGUGGACGGCAAGCAAUGGGCUAGGCAAUUCCCCACCAAUACAUUUGUUCUGGAAAUUUUGGAGAAACGUAACAAAGAGAUCGAAGAUACCUGUAAAUGCAGCCCAUGCCAGAGUCAGGAUAAAGAUGUCGACGGUACAUUAUUCUGUAAACAAUGUUCCUUCUUUAUGUGUACGCUCUGUAAAUCAUCCCUCCAUGAUAUCAUUCACACUGAUCAUCAUGUCGUUGGCUCAGCCGGGGGGCAACACGAGACCAGGCAGACAAUAUCGGAGGAGGUUCUGUGUUAA